AUGAACUAUCAGCACCGCCAACACCAAUGCCAGUUCCAACAGAACGGACAUGGAAACCAGGGUUUCCCCCCUUCCCCUUUUUCCCAUACCAACCGCCGACUCACAAACCGCCCCAUCCUCCCAUCUCCCUACCAAGCCUUCCUCUCUCAUUAUCCUCCUCCCCGAUCAAAGGCCGAGUUCCACCAUACCGUCCAGGAGAUAAUGGCCCACCUGGCUCUUGUUUACUUCACCACCAUGACCUGCACAGGUUCCGUCUCAACAGCAGGAUCCAUCCGGAAUCCAAGGUACCCAGCGUUUAGCAAGCCACCACGCUACCACAACUGGAAGAUCUCCAAGCGGAUGCCGAAGAGGGAAGUGGUUAGUCGGUGGGGAGCAAUUCACUUGGGAGAGAGGAAGGCGCCGUGGGAUUUUUGGUGGGAGGUUGUGAAGAAUGAGCACGUGCAUGAAGAGAGAGAGAACGGCAGAACCGUGAACGGAAACAGAAGUGGGAGUGGGUUGAAGCAUCAUGGGGUAUGGCUUGAGGACAUCGGGGGUAAAAGGAACGUGGAGGCAGUCACGACGGGAAUUGGAGCAGGAGGGAAGAAGAGGGAGGUGGACUUGCAGCUGCCGAAGGGGGUAAUGGUAAAGCCGAAAGAGGUGUUGGAGGAUAAGGGGUGGCCGCGGUGA